AUCUAUGGCAUGAGACAGGCUGGGUGUGUCUGGAACAAAACCCUCAAUGAUGCUAUGCUCUCAUGGGGGUUCACAAGACUCACUUGCAAAUACUACAUCUACACUUGCACUAUGCCAUUGGGUACAUGCAUUGCUACUGUAUAUGUGGAUGAC